AUGGAUGGAACGAGGAAUAAUGGCUCUUGGUUAUGCUUGGCGGGCAUUGGCUUGCUCCCUCUUGUUGCCAUUGCCUCGAAUACCGCCUCUGAACCCUUCGACAGCAGGGAGGCAACCAUUGACGGCGUGUAUAAUACAUUGUUCUCUGGUAUCACCGCCUGUCGCGAUGUGGUUUCGUCCUUUCUUUCCCGAAUUGAAGCUUUCAGCCCAGCGAUCAAUUCCAUCAUCAGUCUUCACCCCAAUGCAUUGACUAUUGCAGAUGACAUGGAUGCCAGGAUCUCUACUGGCAAUGUCACUAGCUCUCUCUUCUGCAUCCCAGUCCUAUUUAGGAUAAUUAUGAUAUUCAGGGGAGCAAUCAUCUUGGGAAAGACAAACCUUCAUGAACUGGCGCUUGAGGGACUCACGGUGUCAUCUCUGGGUGGCCAGAUCAUCAACCCCUACGACUUUACGAGAACCCCGGGGGGUAGUAGUGGUGGUACUGGGGCUGCAAUUGCAUCGAGUUUUGCAGUUUUUGGCACAGGUUCAGAUACGGUAAAUUCCCUACGAAGUCCAGCCAAGGCCUUAAUAUCGCGCGCUGGCAUUAUUCCUGUCUCCUACACGCAAGAUGCUAUCGGCCCAAUUGCAAGGAAUGUCAAGGAUUUGGCGGUUGCAUUGACUGUGAUGGCUUCCACUGGUUUCGAUCCCCUCGACAACACCACAGGUCUGCGCCCUCCUUCGCUGUUUGGAACCGGCUAUGCCAAGGACGUAAUAGGAGGAAGUUUGCAAGGCCUCAGAUUUGGCUUGCUCGAGGGAAUGUUCAACUGGACUCCCUCCUACGAAACCACGCCCGCCAACGAUGUUAUGAAUUACAUGAUCUCGGUACUUCAAAAAGCUGGAGUUGUGAUCGUCCCAAUUACUGAAACUCUGUACAACUGCACUGAGCUAUCGUCCUCGAUGGAUGUUCAAGCCUCAGAAAUUCGGGAGAGCAUGGACGCUUAUCUUCAGAUGCAUUCUCUCAACGGCUCUUCUCCUUCGCCAUUUAGACGACUUUACAGCAGUGGAAAGUUUCUUGCCAUCCCCAAUCUGUACAGUUUUAAAUUAGAUGCCAUCAUCUACCCAGAGCAGAAGAACCUCGCUGUGAAGAUCGGUUCUCCUUCUCAAAUUGGGCGGAAUGGAAUUCUUGCAGCUUUGACGGGAUUCCCUGUCGUCACUGUCCCAGCGGAUUUCUCUCCUCCCACAGAUCAUGCGCCCAUUGGAGUGCCCAUCGGGAUGGAGAUCCUGGGUCUCCCUUGGAGACUGUCUAAAGCUGGCAUGAAAGGUCUGCUAAGUUCAAGGAUUGCUUCCUUCAGGCCGGUGACUGCUCCUCCAUCCACCGAUCCAUAA